AUGCUAUCAGUCAGCUGGGACAAUUGUGUCAUCUGUUGACUAGCAUGUUGGGGACUGACACAUUACCGGUGGACUGGGACAACCAUGCUAUCAGUCAGCUGGGACAAUUGUGUCAUCUGUUGACUAGCAUGUUGGGGACUGACACAUUACCGGUGGACUGGGACAACCAUGCUAUCAGUCAGCUGGGACAAUUGUGUCAUCUGUUGACUAGCAUGUUGGGGACUGACACAUUACCGGUGGACUGGGACAACCAUGCUAUCAGUCAGCUGGGACAAUUGUGUCAUCUGUUGACUAGCAUGUUGGGGACUGACACAUUACCGGUGGACUGGGACAACCAUGCUAUCAGUCAGCUGGGACAAUUGUGUCAUCUGUUGACUAGCAUGUUGGGGACUGACACAUUACCGGCCGGUGGACUUGUGGACUGGGACAACCAUGCUAUCAGUCAGCUGGGACAAUUGUGUCAUCUGUUGACUAGGAUGUUGGGGACUGACACAUUACCGGUGGACUUGGACACUGGGACAACAAGAACAGCUAUGGAGUGACACGCUAUGGCUGCCCUAUCUCCAGGACACUAUGGCAUCAGGACAUGAUAUCAAUAAGGUCUGACUUUACAACACUGCCAUCUGCAGCAUGAAAGUAUAUGUUGAACAUAUGAAUGCUCAGUGGUAGAUAGAAUACUCUAUUUAAUGUGUGUGUGGCAAGUUACCUGUCAAUGUAAAGACAACCUCAGCUGUGUUGAUCAAUAAGAUUGAAAACACCAGCUGGUCAUAAAGAUCUCAUACACAAACAUGAUCAUGUGAAUCAUAUUUCUGGUACCUUUUAAAUGUAUUAUGUGAAUACAACUGGUAAAUCUCA